GGACAAUCCCUUUUAUAUGUUCUUCCUGCUUUCUCUCCAUCCACACCUUUUCUCCUCCUAGUCUUCCCCAUUCCUUUCCUAUCCCUCCACUCCUCUCCCCCAAUGUCCUCAAAGCGUGGACGCAAGAGAAACGACAACCUCCCCCCUAAUCGUGCAAGGGACGUCCAGAGAGCCUUUCGUGCCCGCCGCGCUGCCCAUCUGCAGGCUCUGGAACUCCGCGUUGCAGAACUAGAGGAGGAAAACAACUGUCUGCGGGCUGCUUUGAACCUUCCCCCAGCUAGCCGCCCAUCCCUUGGCAAAGGACCAACCGGCAAAGAUAAACCAAAGUCCAUAGAUGACUUGCAGUCCCACCACCCGUCUUCGAUGAGCCGUGAUUCCUCGUCAGCUGCAGAGUCGCCUUCCCCCACGAGGACGGAUUCGGUCUCGCCUUCCAUCAUCACAAACUCCAUGCGCGCAUCUCCUCGGAAUCUGUCGGUCAUGGAGCCCACCGCAUGGGAAGACAGCAUGAUCAUGACCGACCAGCAGCAGCAAGCCCCCCAACAGCAGCACCAGCCCCCACCAGAGCCGCAGAUUUCCUCGUCGUCGACUCCCUAUCAUUUACCUGCUGUGUCUGCGCCUAUGCUGAAAAAGAAUGCGCAGCAGUUUACGUUUCCGAAUCCCAUGUCUACCUCUUCCAGGAACUCGAUGUCAAACAGCAUCUACAUGCCUCCUUCGCAAUCUAGCUUUUCGCACACUGCCGAUAGACCUAUGGGUGGCGGAUAUAACGACAUGAGUUAUCUAUUGCGUGAAGAUACGCACCACCACUAUUCCUAUUCGCAGCCAUCCUUCUCUCCGGCUGACCACAACAUGCAAACACACCCGGCAAGUGCUCAGCAGCCCAUGCAUCAGCAGACGCAUGCAUCGCACCGUGAGCCUGCGGCCCAACCUCCGCCCACUUUACCAUUUCCUCACCGGCGUUCGGUUACGGAACCGCAAGGAUACCGUACAAUCACCAAUCAGUUGCCACAUCUCCCUAAUCCUGUGCAACAGGCGCAUGGGAUACGUCUACCGUCUCCACCUACACUGCACGACGUGAACGGACCACGACAUGCGUACACCAAUACAGGAUCACGCAUGAACGUGCUACCGUGAACGGAUCGAGUGGCGUCUGUGUUUCCUUUUAGUCUUUUGCAAAGCAUUUUAUCUGGUCCGCACUGGGCAAUCAAUGUUACUGGUAUCAUUCCAUCGAACGAUCGAAAGCGCUGCUCUGUAUCUCUACUGUCUGAUAGUUGAAUUUUCUCUGGGUUACGUGGUCUCUCGUAUAUUAGAUGUACACGCAAUAGUAUCUAAUCGUUUACACUAAUUGCACGGACGAACAUACGAUAGCUCGACAAGAUGCCUGUGUGCCCUGUACGGUUGUCGAUCUACUAUAUUUCCUGUCUGUUCUGCAGACAUGUAACUUGAAAAUCUGCGAUAGACUGGGAUCUAUAUUGGGAUCGG